GCAGGAGGGAGGAUCCGCGAGAGAACUGGUGCGCUCGUCGGGUGCAAUCUCAGCAGAUGAAAGCAGCCUGCCAGCGGCCAGCGACCGUCCUACUCUCCACGGGUACCCGCUACGAAUUCUGUCCGCGUUUCACCGCGAGGAGCUGCGACCCGACUCGGGGCGAGGGGGCACGCACUUGCCACCGCGCAUGCGCGGGGCAGGGAGCGGCCCGCCGGACUACAGCUCCCAGAGGAACCCGCCGCCGGCCGCGGGAGCCGAGCCGCUGGCGCCAUCUUGAAAUCUGAUCCCCGAUCUCCGGGUCUUUGCGUCAGCAGCAGGGUGCUUGCUCGCGUACUGCGAACCCAGCCUGCUAAAAGGGAGGACGUUGGGGACGCGGCGGCUGGCGGGAGGCACAGCCGGAGGAGAGAUGACUGGUGGCGAGCGUGGCCUGCGCUGCUGUCACGGAGCAUCCCCUUAAGGCGUUUUUACGCCCGCCCCCUUCCCGAGGGGCGGGGCUGCCCACCCUGGUACCCAGAGCCCGCGCCCGGGUGGGCGAGGUGCGCCCCUGCAGGGAGGGGACCCCACCGAACUGUGCCAUGCCCGCCGGAGGCCGCGGAGGAGGGAGACGCCGCGCAACCGAGCGCCAGUGAAUGAACACCAAGCAGCAGUCGCUUCAGGGAAGCUUGGCUACUGCUGGGAGAGAAGAUGAAGGAGAUUUGCAGGAUCUGUGCCCGGGAGCUGUGCGGAAACCAGCGGCGCUGGAUCUUCCACACGGCUUCUAAGCUCAACCUCCAGGUUCUGCUUUCGCAUGUCCUGGGCAAGGAUGUCUCCCGGGAUGGCAAAGCCGAGUUUGCUUGCAGCAAGUGUGCUUUCAUGCUUGAUCGGAUCUAUAGAUUCGACACCGUUAUUGCCCGGAUCGAAGCUCUUUCCAUUGAGCGCUUGCAAAAGCUGCUGCUGGAGAAGGACCGCCUCAAGUUCUGCAUUGCAAGCAUGUAUCGUAAGAACAACGAUGACUCUGGCACGGAAGCCAAGGCAGGGAAUGGGACGGUUGACAUUUCCGGCUUACCUGACGUGAGAUACUCUGCACUGCUCCAGGAGGACUUUGCCUAUUCAGGGUUUGAGUGUUGGGUGGAAAACGAGGAUCAGAUUCAGGAGCUCCACAGCUGCCAUGCUUCGGAAGGUCCUGGAAACCGACCCAGGAGAUGCCGUGGUUGUGCAGCUUUGCGGGUUGCUGAUUCUGACUACGAAGCCAUUUGUAAGGUGCCUCGAAAGGUGGCCAGAAGUAUCUCGUGUGGCCCUUCUACCAGGUGGUCCACCAGCAUUUGCACUGAAGAACCAGCGUUGUCUGAGGUCGGCCCACCGGAUUUACCAAGCACAAAGGUACCCCCAGAUGGAGAAAGCAUGGAAGAAGGGACACCAGGAUCCUCUGUGGAAUCUUUGGAUGCAAGUGUCCAGGCUAGUCCUCCGCAACAAAAGGAUGAGGAAACGGACAGAAGUGCAAAGGAACUUGCAAAGUGUGACUGUUGUUCAGAAGAACAGGCUCCACAGCAUAUGUGUAACCACAAGCUGGAGCUAGCUCUCAGCAUGAUUAAAGGUCUUGAUUAUAAACCCAUCCAGAGUCCCCGAGGGAGCAAGCUUCCCAUUCCGGUGAAAUCCAGCCCACCUGCAGCCCGGCCUGGCCCUAUCAUGACAGAUGGCGUUAGUUCCGGUUUCCUUAACAGGUCUUUGAAACCCUUAGACAAGACAUCUGUGAGUUACCCCUUGGAAAUUUCAGACUUGCAGGAGCUAUGGGAUGAUCUCUGUGAAGAUUAUUUACCACUUCGGGUCCAGCCCAUGUCUGAAGAGUUACUCAAACAACAGAAGCUGAAUGCGGACGAGACCAUUGUAACCCAGCAGUCUGUAUCUGAUGCCCACUUGGCAGAACUCCAGGAAAAAAUCCAGCAAACAGAGGCCACCAACAAGAUUCUUCAAGAGAAAUUGAAUGACAUGACCUGUGAACUGAAGUCAGCUCAGGAGUCCUCUCAGAAGCAGGAUGCUGCAAUUCAAAGCCUCAAGGAAACUCUGAAAAGCAGGGAAAAUGAGACAGAGGAGCUGUACCAGGUGAUUGAAGGUCAAAAUGACACAAUGGCAAAACUCCGAGAAAUGCUGCACCAGAGCCAGCUUGGACAGCUUCACAACUCCGAGGGUACUUGCCCAGCCCGGCAACAGGUGGCUCUGCUUGACCUACAGACUGCUCUGUUCUGCAGCCAGCUCGAAAUACAGAAACUCCAGAGGGUCAUACGUCAGAAAGAACGCCAGCUGGAGGAUGCCAAGCGAUGUGUGCAGUUCGUGGAGGCCACAGCCCGUGAGACAGAACAGCAGAAGGAGGCUUCUUGGAAACAUAACCAGGAAUUACGAAAAGCCUUGCAGCAGCUCCAAGGAGAAUUGCAGAGUAAAGGCCAACAGCUUCGUAUCCUGGAGGCUGAAAAAUACAAUGAGAUUAGAACCCACGAGCAGCAUAUUCAGCACCUAAACCACAGUCUGAGUCACAAGGAGCAACUGCUUCAGGAGUUUCGGGAGCUCCUACAGUAUCGAGAUAAGUCAGACAAAACCCUCGAAGCAAAUGAAAUGUUGCUUGAGAAGCUUCGGCAACGAGUACAAGAUCGAGAUGUUGCUCUAGAGCGGGCCAUAGAUGAAAAGUUCUCCACUCUAGAAGAAAAAGAAAAAGAACUGCGUCAACUCCAUCUCGCCAUGCGAGAGCGAGAUCAUGACUUAGAGAGACUGCGUGGUAUUCUCUCCUCUAACGAAGCUACCAUGCAGAGCAUGGAGAGUCUCCUGAGGGCCAAAGGCCUGGAAGUAGAACACUUAUCUGCUACCUGUCAGGACCUCCAGUGGCUGAAAGAAGAAUUGGAAACCAAAUUCAGCCAUUGGCAGAAGGAACAAGAAAGUAUCAUUCAGCAGUUACAGACAUCUCUGCAUGACAGGAACAAAGAAGUGGAGGACCUGAGCGCGACGUUGCUCUGCAAACUCGGGCCGGGACAGAGUGAGGUCGCCGAGGAGCUGUGCCAGCGCCUACAGAGAAAGGAAAGGCUGCUGCAGGAACUUCUCAGUGAUCGAAACAAACAAGCCGUGGAACAUGAACUAGAGAUUCAAGGCCUGCUUCAGUCCAUGAGCACCAGGGAGCGGGAGAGCCAAGCCUCUGCAGAGAAGAUGGUACAAGCCCUAAUGGAAAGAAAUUCAGAAUUGCAGGCCCUGCGCCAUUAUUUAGGAGGGAAAGACUUCAUGGCGUCCCAAGCACUGAUCUUGAACCAACCCACUGAAGUUACCUCCAGCAGUCCCCAUCUUGGAGAUCAGACUGAUCAAGGUUCUGUGCAUAUACCCUCCAAGGAUGAUAGCAUUUCAUUGACUGCCAAAGGGGAUGCCAGUAUAGCCAGGUCCUCAUUGGGAGACUUGGAUGCCAUGACCGGGCUGGAGAAGGAGCUGGGUACUGCCAAGGAAGAGCUCGAGCUCAUGGCUAAAAAGGAAAGAGAAAGCCGGAUGGAACUUUCUGCACUACAGUCCAUGGUGGCCGCGCAAGAGGAAGAGCUGCAGGUGCAGGCCGCCGACCUGGAGUCCCUGACCAGGAACAUACAGAUCAAAGAAGACCUCAUAAAGGACCUGCAAAUGCAACUGGUUGAUCCUGAAGACAUACCAGCUAUGGAACGCCUGACCCAGGAAGUCUUACUACUUCGGGAAAAAGUCACUGCAGUAGAAUCACGGGGUCAGGAAACUUCAGGAAAUCGAAGACAACAAUUGCUGCUGAUGCUCGAAGGGCUGGUAGAUGAACGGAGUCGGCUCAAUGAGGCUUUGCAGGCAGAGAGACAACUCUAUAGCAGUCUGGUGAAGUUCCACGCGCAUCCAGAGAGCUCUGAGAGAGACCGCACUCUGCAGGUGGAACUAGAAGGGGUCCAGGUGAUACGUGGUCGGCUAGAAGAAGUUCUUGGAAGAAGCCUGGAGCGCUUAAGCAGGCUGGAGACCCUGGCCGCCAUUGGAGAUGCAGCUGCAGGGGACGAUACAGAAGAUGCUAGCACCGAGUUCACCGACAGCAUCGAGGAGGAGGCGGCACACAACAGCCACCACCAGCUCAUCAAGGUGGCUUUGGAGAAGAGCCUGGCAGCUGCGGAGACCCAGAACAUAUGUCUUCCCCCUCCUUCCUCGACAGGAGGGGACGGUACCAGGGGUCUUCAGGAGGAAAUGCUCCACCUGAGGGCUGAGAUCCACCAGCACUUAGAGGAGAAAAGGAGAGCUGAGGGGGAACUGAAAGAGCUAAAGGCUCAAAUUGAGGAAGCAGGAUUCUCCUCUGUGGCCCACAUCAGGAACACCAUGCUCAGCCUUUGCCUCGAGAACGCAGAGCUGAAAGAGCAGAUGGGAGAAGCAAUGUCUGACGGAUGGGAGAUAGAGGAAGACAAGGAGAAGGGCGAGGUGACGGUGGAAGCUGUGGCGGCCAAAGGGGGUCUGAGUGAGAACAGCCUUCAGGCUGAGUUCAGAAAGCUCCAGGGAAAACUGAAGAAUGCCCACAACAUCAUCAGCCUCCUCAAAGAGCAGCUGGUACUGAGCAGUAAGGAUGGGAAUGGUCAACUUAGUCCAGAGCUCCUUGCACGGCUGGCCCGGGAGAUCGACAGAAUGAACACAGAGCUGGUCUGUUCUCCCGAGAAGCCACGAGGCCAAGAAGAGGAGCCCGGGACCAUGAAGCCCUGCCCCCGACCCCAGAGCCUUGACCUGGGGGCCGCACUUGCAGGGGAUGCCGAUCAACUGGAUAACCGGCCCCAGGCCCAAGCCCCUGGGCCUCAGUCAGAAGGUAGCCUUCCUGGGUCCACCAAGCACCUGCGCUCCCAGCUAGCGCAGUGCAGGCAGCGCUAUCAGGAUCUCCAGGAGAAGCUGCUGAUAUCGGAAGCCACGGUCUUUGCCCAGGCCAACCAGCUGGAGAAAUACAGAGUCAUGCUUCGUGAGUCCCUGGUGAAGCAGGACAGCAAGCAGGUGCAGGUGGACCUCCAGGAUCUGGGCUAUGAGACCUGUGGCCGAAGCGAGAAUGAGGCAGAGCGGGAGGAGAGCACAAGUCCGGAGUGUGAGGAACCCCUGCUGGACUCACCCCCGGCCAGCGCCCCUGGGAAGAAGCCCUCGGAGAGCCCUCGGGGGAAGCAGGAGUUCCAGGCGUGCGGGAAGUCGGAAGACACCUCUGUCCUCCACAAGGACAUCAGAGACCUGAAGACCCAGCUGCAGAACGCCCACAAGAUCAUUCAGAACCUCAAGAGCCGGGUGCGGUCGCUCUCGGUUACGAGCGAUUACUCGUCUAGUCUGGAGAGACCGCGAAAGCUGAAGGCCAUCGGAGCCCUGGAGGGAUCCUCCCCUCAGAGUGUCACUGACGAGGAUGAGGGGUGGCUCUCUGAUGGCACGGGGGCAUUCUAUCCCCCAGGGCUGCAGGCUAAGAAGGAUCUGGAGAGUCUGAUCCAGAGAGUGUCCCAGCUAGAGGCCCAGCUCCCGAAGACCGGGUCAGAAGGGAAGCUGGCCGAGGAGCUGAGGUCCGCCACGUGGCCUGGGAAAUACGAUUCCUUGAUUCAGGAUCAGGCCCGAGAACUAUCCUACCUGCGCCAGAAGAUAAGAGAAGGGAGAGGUAUCUGUUAUCUUCUCACCCAGCAUACAAAAGAUACGGUAAAAUCUUUUGAGGACCUUCUUAGGAGCAAUGACAUAGACUACUACCUGGGCCAAAGCUUCAGGGAGCAGCUCGCCCAGGGAAGCCAGCUGAUGGAGAGGCUUACCAGCAAACUCAGCACCAAGGAUCAUAAAAGUGAGAAAGACCAAGCAGGACUCGAACCGCUGGCUCUCAGGCUCAGCAGGGAGCUGCAGGAGAAGGAGAAGGUGAUCGAAGUCCUGCAGGCCAAGCUGGAUGCCCGGUCGCUCACGCCCUGCAGCAGCCACGCCUUGUCGGACCCCCAGCGCUCCCCCAGCACCUCCUCCUUCCUGUCGGAUGAGCUGGAGGCCUGCUCUGACAUGGACGUCGCCAGCGAGUACACACAGUAUGAAGAGAAGAAGGCUCCACCCGGUCACUCAGAUACCAUCCACCAUUCGAGUCAUUCUGCUGUACUGUCUUCUAAACCAUCAGCAGCCAGUGCACCUCAGGGGGUUAAGGCCGAACCCAGCAGCAACCCCACCAGCUUGCCAGCUCCCCAGAGCCCCCCCCAGGAGGCCAGCCAGGCCCAUCCAGGCGUCAGCACUGUCCAUCCGGUGUCUCCAGCCGCACUGCCUCAGAGCCACCAGGUAGAGGCCAGCUCUCCCCACUGUCUCCACCCUGCCCGGCCCCACUCACCUCUCAGAGGCAGCACAGAACUGGGCGGAAUCCUGGAGCCUGGCUACCUGGGCAGCGGCAGCCAGUGGGAUGUGAUGAGGCCUCAGAAAGGGAGCGGAGCGGGCGACCUGUCCUCGGGCUCCUCCGUGGGCCAGCUGACCGCCAAACCCACAGGGGCCGACCUGCUUGAGGAGCACCUCGGGGAGAUCCGGAACCUGCGCCAGCGCCUGGAGGAGUCCAUCUGCAUCAACGACCGGCUGCGGGAGCAACUGGAGCACAGGCUCAGCUGCGCGGCCCGCGGGAACGGAGCCACCUCUAGUUUCUACAGUCCCAGCCUGGAACCCACAGCUCAGCUCUACAACGAGAACAAAGUCCUUAAGGAAGAAAACCGGAGCCUUCAGGCUCAGCUGAGUCAUGUUUCCAGAGAGCACUCCCAGGAGACGGAGUGCUUGAGGGAGGCCCUGCUGUCCUCUCGGUCGCGGCUUCAAGAGCUGGAGCUGGCGCUGGAGCACCAGAAGGGGGAGCGGCAGCAGCUUUUGGUAGACUUGAAGGAGAAGCAGCAGGAGAUCUUGCAUUUCCAGGAGGAACGACUAUCCCUCCAAGAGAAAGACUCCAGGCUGCAGCACAAGCUGGCCCUCCUGCAGCAACAGUGUGAAGAGAAACAGCAGCUCUUCCAGUCCCUCCAGUCAGAGCUACAGAUCUACGAGGCACUUUACGGCAGUCCCAAGAAGGGGCUGCAAGCUUUCACCUGGGAUGCCUGUCACCAGGUCCCUUUAAACAGUGACUUGAGCCACCUGGUGGCAGAGAUCCGAGCUUUGCGGGGGCAGCUGGAGCAGAGCAUCCAGGUGAACAACUGUCUGCGGCUGCAGCUGGAACAGCAGCUGGACGGUGGGGUGAGCAAAGCCCGCCUCGGCCCCUCCCCCGCCAACCAGGAGGACCCCGGAAACAAGCAGCUGCCCUUCCAAGAUUCAGUUGCUUCCCCUCCGGUCCGAGAUGUUGGCAUGAAUUCUCCAGCUCUCGUGCCCCCUGGUUCUUCUCCUGCUGCUCCGCGCUCGGAGACUGCCGUCUUCAACAGGACAAAUGAGCUGGGUUUGGACACUUCUCCAAUAAUGAAGAACUCCCCCAAGCUAGAAGGUGAAGCCACAGACGGUUCCUUUGCCAAUAAGCAUGGCCGCCAUGUCAUUGGCCACAUUGAUGACUACAGUGCCCUCAGACAGCAAAUUGGGGAAGGAGAACUGCUGGUCAAAAAGAUAGCAGCACUCGUGAGGUCAACCUGCAUCGCCGCUGGCCUUGAAGCUCGGCGCUCAGAGGUGCCAGGUAGCAAAGGCAUCCAUGAACUUGGGAGCAGCGCCCAGGCCCUGCAGCGCACGCUGGAGGAGUCGGCCUCCCUCCUCACCAUGUUCUGGCGAGCGGCCCUGCCGAGCCCCCCCAGCCCCGUGCCGGCCAGCAUCACGGGACAGUCCAUGAAAAGGGAACUUCUGGAACUGAGAACCAAAUUGUCCGCAAAGGAGAAUCUCCUUCAGAGCACAGCUGAGCGUCUGAAGACCGCCAAUCAGCAGAAGGAGAGCAUGGAGCGGUUCAUCUUCAGCCAGUUGACCAGGACACAUGACGUGUUGAAGAAGGCAAGGACGAACUUGGAGGCCAAGUCAGGAGUCCGAGGAAAGCAAAAGAACAGUUACAAGAUGGCCUCUGUAAAGCCUUAUUCCUGUCCCAGCAAAGGUGAAGUCCCUGAGGGCUCCUCUGGGCACCCCAGUCUGGUGACCCGUGUCUUCCAGGAGCCACGCAGGAGAAGGAGCCUCCAGAAGUCAUUCAAGCAGCAGGAAGGAGGGGCCCGUCCCCCUCGGGUGCAGCUCCCAGUCUGCUAGGAGACCUGGGCCCUGUCAUCCACACCUGCUGGAGGGCCCAGAAGGAGCCAGAGGCGGUGCUGGUGGAGGAGGGUGAGAGGCACAGAGCACACACCACCGCCCGCGGGGCAGGAGCACCACCAGAGCACCAUUGGCUGGGAUGUGCCUGGCCCAGCCCUGAGCACAACAGGCAGGUGUGUCCACCCUGGGGACACGUUCCUAGACGCCACAGUGGCCUGGGACUAGCAACGGCCACUCCUCCCAUCAGAGCCUGUCCUCAGCUGGUCUCCCAGGGGACACAGGACACUGCUUCCUCCAGGGGGGACACGUGGUCACCACACAGGGCUCCACAGCAGUUCUAUACCACAUGAGUGACCGCGGUGCCCUAAGGGACAGCAGACUCAGCCGGCACUGCUCCCAGAUGCACGCUCACUCGGGGCCAGCUCAGCCAGGCCAGCGGGGCCUGGGCGGCAGUCUACACUGCAGCACCUGAGUGCUCUGAAUCCACGUGGCAAGUGCUGGCUUCCCCCAUGCCAUAUCCCACUUAGCCUGGCACCUCCCAUUUCCAUGUAUGGUCUCCAAGGUGUGGCGACGCCCUCACCCUAAUCACACUGUCCCCUUUCACUAACUCCUCUCCGGGGACCUGGGACUUGUGGGCAGAACGACCCACUGAAAGUCCUUUGUAAGACAACGCAGUGACCGUAGUUAAGUGGCACCUGAGAGGCCCCCGCUGUGGGACAGCCUCGUCUGUGUCAUCGCGGUGCUUUGGAACGCAUGUCCGUGUGUAUAAAUGUACCAUAGGUGCUUCUCUAUGUUGCUAGAGCGAGAUGUUUGGGGCCACACACCUGGGGUCAGGGGCCGUCAGAGGAGAUGAAACACAGUCUUUGGUGGCUAUGAACGUAAACGUGUAUAAAGAAAUAAAACAUUUAUCCUCA